CCCGGAGCGGGAGCGGCGGCGGCGGCUGGGGGCGGUGGUGGCGCUUUGGAGGUGGCCAUGGCAAAGCAGUACGAUUCAGUGGAGUGCCCCUUUUGUGAUGAGGUGACCAAAUAUGAGAAGCUCGCUAAGAUCGGCCAAGGCACCUUUGGGGAGGUGUUUAAAGCAAAGCAUCGCUUGACUGGCCAGAAGGUGGCUUUGAAGAAGGUACUGAUGGAGAACGAGAAGGAGGGGUUCCCCAUCACAGCCUUGCGGGAAAUCAAGAUUCUCCAGCUUCUAAAACAUGAGAAUGUGGUCAACUUGAUUGAAAUCUGUCGAACCAAAGCUUCCCCUUAUAACCGCUGCAAAGGCAGUAUAUACCUGGUGUUUGACUUCUGCGAGCAUGACCUUGCUGGACUGCUGAGCAACGUGUUAGUCAAGUUCACACUGUCUGAGAUCAAGAGGGUCAUGCAGAUGUUGCUGAAUGGCCUCUACUACAUCCACAGGAACAAGAUUCUACACAGGGACAUGAAGGCAGCCAACGUGCUCAUCACCCGAGACGGGGUCCUGAAACUGGCAGACUUUGGGCUGGCCCGGGCCUUCAGUCUGGCCAAGAACAGCCAGCCUAAUCGCUAUACCAACCGUGUGGUGACACUCUGGUACCGGCCACCGGAGCUAUUGCUCGGGGAGCGGGACUACGGCCCCCCCAUUGACCUGUGGGGUGCUGGGUGCAUCAUGGCGGAGAUGUGGACCCGCAGCCCUAUCAUGCAGGGCAACACGGAACAGCAUCAGCUUGCCCUCAUCAGCCAGCUCUGUGGCUCCAUCACCCCUGAGGUGUGGCCAAAUGUGGACAAGUACGAGCUGUUUGAGAAGCUGGACCUAGUCAAGGGCCAGAAGCGGAAGGUGAAGGACAGGCUGAAGGCCUAUGUGCGUGACCCCUACGCCCUGGACCUCAUCGACAAGUUGCUGGUGCUGGACCCCUCGCAGCGCAUUGACAGUGACGACGCCCUCAACCAUGACUUCUUCUGGUCUGACCCCAUGCCCUCGGACCUCAAGGGCAUGCUCUCCACCCACCUGACAUCCAUGUUCGAGUACCUGGCGCCGCCACGCCGGAAGGGCAGCCAGAUCACCCAGCCUUCCACCAACCAGAGCCGCAAUCCCACCACCACCAACCAGACGGAGUUUGAGCGUGUCUUCUGAGGGCCGGUCACCGCUGCGUUUCAUUAGGGCUCUUGUUUUGUUUUUGUCCUGCUGCGUGACUCGCACUGUGGAGAAGAUGGGGCAUUGGAGCUUUCCUCUCGUGCAUCUUUGAUUUAAUCCCCACCCGGACGCUGGGAAAGCCAGCCGAACGGACUGGAUUAGAGCUUUGGCUCGAAGUCCAGGAGGGCACCGAGGCUGCCUCACCUGCUUCCCUGGGUCUCAUUUACCUUAGGACAGGAGAGGGGUAGGAGGAGAGGUACACCCCACCAGUGACUUUCUAGGCUCCCAGCAUGAUGGGAGGAGGGGACUGGUCCCUCACCCAUCCCCAGUUUUUCUCGGGAUGAGAAACUGGGGUGGGGGGACAGCCAGCCUCCAGAAUGGACUGCUCUUGGCCUGAGCCUCGGAAGCACGGGCUGGUGAAACUUGGUUUCUUCGGUAGGAGAUUUUGGAUCAUGUUGUUUUUUAUUCGGUUGUUCAGAGACAUUCCUGGACACGGUUUGGCCAGUUACAAUUAAAGUUGACUGUGGCUUUUUUUUUCCCCUCAGUAAGUGCCUGUCUGCUUUGUUCUGUGUUCAGACCCCCAGCUCCUUACCCUGCAGCCAACAGGGUGAGUCUCACUGUUGAGAUUUUAUUCGUCAGUUUGGCUCAUCUUUGAGCGGGUUCAGGUCCCCUGAUGUGAUUAUACAGGACUUUUGUCUUCCCCCCACCCUCCAGCACCUUCCCGAACCCUUGCCAUCUUGCUCCCCAAAGGGCAGGUACCACAAAGCCCCCUGGCUUCUCUGUCAGGAAGAGCAUGAGAAGGGGGUUCCCUGCUGGGGGAAACAGAGGGUCUGCUCUGAGCUGCGUCUGCAGUGAUGGCCUAGCUGGGCACAGUCCACUGUGGCCAAAAAACCGCCGUGUUCAAACCUGACUCGUGAGCACAGGCGGCUGCAGAGGCUCUUGUCAGUGGCGCAACAGUCAGCUCUGUAGCCUGCAAAGUUCUUCAGCCUUGGGGGGUGCGAGGGAAAGGAGCGGAGGAUCUGCAGGGGCUCGAGGAGGGGCAGGAGUUAGUGUGAAGGUUGGAUCUCGGGGGCCCAGAGCUGGGACCCUUGGAGGAGCAGCGCGUCCUGAGUCUAAAGUUAGAGACAGGUGUUUGAAGUGUAUUCUACACUCCGGCACAGGUGGAGGCCUCUUGAAGGGGCCCAGGAAGAAAGGUUGACAAAACCUUUGACCAAAACUGUCCUUGUGAAAAUUGACCAGAUCACAGCUUCACACCAGUGAAAGUAAAAAGGUUCUUGAUUAGUGUCUUUGUUUCUUGGGGCCACCAUGACCAAUUACCACCAACUCGGUGGCUUAUGAGUGCAUCCAUUUGGUUGGAUCUGAAGGCUGUAAGUCCAGAAUU